AUGUAUAAUUGGUCUACUGGAUUGUGUGAAACCGUCAGAAAUUCACCGGUAGAUGAUGUUUGUUGGAGGUUUUUUUGAUGUAAAUGCGUGUUUAUAUAUUCUAUUUGAUUAUUGCUCGUUAAAGAAGACUUAAUUUUUCAUUAAGAUGCCGCGGAGUCGCGAUUUUAUUGAUGCGCAUUGGUUCUACAGCAGCGAUGAAGAUUCUGAAAGGUAUAUCGAAAAUGUUGAUAAUGAUAAAUGAUCGUAGAAGCACGGAAUCAGCCGACGGAAGUUUUGAGCCGCCACAUGAACCAGAAUCAACGGAAGAUUACCGCGGGCCGAGCAAUUCAAUAA